CUAUCAAAAAGGAGUGGAUAACGAGGAGAGCUCCAAAAGGAAGUGAACAAUUUGCAUAAACCUCUACGCAUUCACCAAAAUGAAUAAUUUCAAUAAAAUAUUUAACAGUGAAAGUGAAAACGGUUGAAGUUUCAAAAUCAAUAAAAGUACUCGACAUGCCAAAGAAUGCGAUAUCAAGUGCAGUAUAAAUUUGAGCCCAGCAUGCUGCUCAAACGUAAAGUUAACAUAUUUUCACAUUGAUAGACAUAUGAGCGUAAUUGAAUAAAAUCACACAAGAGAGCAAGGCUUUCAGAGUAAAAAAAAAAAACAAAAUAAUAGAUUCCAGUGCAUGAAGUGAUAAACAAGAUAAAAUAAUUGAAAAGUGCGGAAAACUGAAUAAAUGAAAUAAGAGCUAGGUGCUCUCGAGCAUUAUAAUUUAAUAUUUAGGGUUAAGCUAUGCCAGGUCGCCACUAGAGAAAUAUGGAAAAGCGGCUAAGCGACAGUCCCGGAGAUUGUCGCGUAACCAGAUCCAGCAUGACGCCCACCCUGCGCCUGGAUCAGAGUCCCAGGCAGGAGCACCAUCAUCAUGCCCAGCAGCCGGAGAGCGGCACAGCUGCUGCUGCUGCAGCAACUGGCAAGUCCAAGUCCCCCACGCCGCUGCCCGGAAAAUCCCAGGCGGCCCAGCAUCACCAGUUUCGUGCUCCGCAGCAACAGCAGGGCCCCAAGAACCGGAACAAGGCCUGGGGCAAGAGGCAGCACAACAAGGCCGGCGGCAAGCACAACGCCAGCGCCUGCGUCGGCGCCAGCAGCGCCCAGGCGCAGUCCACGGGCUCCGCCGCCGGCCCGGCCACCGCCCUCCUGCCGGCGACAGCGUCGGCAGCCCAUCACAAGGCCGAUCUCGAGAACAUCCAAAAUAUCCAGAACAAGAAUCAGAUCACCGGCGGCGGGAUCAACCAUCAUGCCAACGCCGGAACCGCCCAUCACGGCGGCGGUGGCGGCGGUAAUGCCCAUCACGCCGGAGCCGGCGGAGGUGGACAUCAUCAUCACCAUAACACGCGGCUGGCGCAGAACGCCGCCGCCGGUGGAGCAGGCGGAGGUGGAACUAUGCAGAGCUAUAAGAAGAUGCUGACACACAGGGGUCACCACCACCACGUUCUGUGCGCUGGAAACAAUGCGAACCACACGUGCUGCCUGGUCACGGGCUGCAACGGCAGCUCUGCCGGCGGAGCGGGCGUGACCGGAAGCGGAGGCGCCGGCGGCACAGCUGGGGGCGGCGGAGCGGCCUGCAAGGAGGCGCAGAGCAGCAAAGACACCAGCUCGCUGAGCGGCAACAGCAGCGUCGCCGGCAGCACGGGAGCGGGAAAUGCGGUGCACUAUUGCUGCGGCCGAUCCAAGUUCUUCCUGCCGGAGAAGCGGCUGCGCAAGGAGGUGAUUGUGCCGCCCACGAAAUUCCUGCUGGGCGGCAACAUCUCCGAUCCCCUCAACCUUAAUUCGCUGCAGAACGAGAACACGUCAAAUGCCUCGUCCAGCAACAACACGCCGGCGACCACGCCCCGCCAGUCGCCCAUUACCACGCCCCCGAAGGUGGAGGUGAUCAUACCGCCCAACAUCCACGAUCCGCUGCACCUGCUGGAUCCCGUUGAUUCGAUGGAGUACGAGAAGCAGCUCACGUCGCCGAUGAAGCGGGGAGGAGGAGGGGGUGGUAUGCUGCACCACCGGCAGCACCACCACCGCACGCGAAAGAACCGCAAGCGUCGGCGCUUCGACUCCAACAACACCUCGCAUGCCGGCGACGAAGGGGGAGGAGGGGGCGGCGUGGGCGAACUGACCGACGAACCUACGACGCAGCCCACAGCCAGCUCAUCGCUGGCGGCGUCGCCGGUGGCAGCGGCGCCCCUCAACGUCGGCGGCAGCUUGCUGCUGAGCGAAUCCGCUGCUCCGGCCGCGGGCGAAACGGCGGAAACGGGCCACCAGCAGCAGCUGGCGCAUGUGCGCUCUCCCCAAGCGUCGGCAUCAGCAGCGGCGGCAGAGAUGCCCACGCCGACGCCGACCGAGGCAGCGGCAGAGGCUACUCCGGCCGAGGAGCAAGUGGAACAGGCUGCGUCGGCGCCGGCAGCGACGUCAUCGCCCCAACGGCCCCAGCAACAUGUGGCCGCUGCCGCGGAAGAAGCCACUCACGACGCCACUGCUGCUGCUGCUGCGUUGCCCGCCGCUUCUGAGCCGCCGGGAGAGGAGGAGAUGCUGCUCAGUUGCUCGGCCACGUCGGCCACACUGGCGGUCGCGUCGACGCUGGCAGAGCGGCGGGCGCAGGCCAGCCGGGACCUGCGUCUGGACCUGUCGAGCACGUGCUACGGCGUCGGAGGCACGGGGCUGAGCUUUGGCGGCAGCAGCACUGCCAGCGUGGGCAGCGGAGGAGGCGGUGGGAGGAAGAGAAAAAUCAGCGAGAGCAACAAUUCGCAAAAGAGCAAGAAAUUUCAUCGCCACGAUGCCAUGGAUAAGAUCGUCAGUCCGGUGGUUCCGCAACCAGGUGCCUGGAAGCGACCGCCCCGCAUCCUGCAGCCCAGCGGAGCUAGGAAGCCAAACACGCGAAGGUCUACGUCCUUCAGCGAAUCGGAGCUGCUCAGUCCCGUGGAGGAGGUGCCGCCCAAACAGCUGCCCCUCAUCGAAGUUGAGAUACCCCGUGACGACACUCCCGAUUUGCCUGAACACGGACUGGGCAGUCCAAUGAGCACCACUUCGGCGGCCACCUCGCACACGGCCGGUGAGCAGGAUUCCCUGGCCGGGGCGGAUACAAGCAUGGCGGAUGCCUCGGCGGUUCAGGUCCCAGCGACCAGCACUCUGAUGCUGGAACCGGCGCUGAUUCCUCCGCUCAAACUGCAGCCCAAAUUCCGAGCCGAUGGACUAAAGUAUAGGUACGGCAACUUCGAUCGCUACGUGGACUUCCGGCAGUUGAACGAAUUCCGGGACGUGCGGCUACAGGUGUUCCAGCGCCAUGUGGAACUGUUCCAGAACAAGGACAUCCUGGACAUUGGCUGCAACGUUGGCCACAUGACCAUCACGGUGGCCAGGCAUCUGGCCCCAAAAACCAUUGUCGGCAUCGACAUUGACCGGGAGCUAGUGGCCCGAGCACGGAGGAAUCUGUCAAUCUUUGUGCGCAUACCCAAGGAGGAGAAGCUGCCGGAGGUCAAGGUAGAACCAAUGCUGGAGGUCAAGACGGAGAAAGCGGAAGAGGAGGCUUCUGCUGCGGCCCACAAGAAGACGCGACGCGGAAAGAAGAGACGCAAGGUUCAACAAGGACUCCAGCAGCACCAUCACCACCAUCAUCAUCAUCAUCAGGAUCUGGAACAGCUGCAGCAGCAACAGAAGCUGGACGCGCUGCUUGUCAAGCCCCACGAAUUCUUCCCCAUCUCGUUUCCGCUCACCUACGGCGGAAUACCCCAUUUGCCAGCAACGAGCAAAUCGCCAAACAUGUUCGCCAACAAGAAUCUGUUCCCGGCGAACGUCUUCUUCCGGCACACCAACUAUGUGCUCAAGGACGAGUCGUUAAUGGCCAACGAUUCGCAGCAAUACGAUCUCAUACUGUGUCUCUCGGUCACCAAGUGGAUCCAUCUCAACUUUGGGGAUAACGGGCUGAAAAUGGCCUUUAAGCGGAUGUUCAACCAGCUACGUCCCGGUGGAAAGCUGAUACUCGAGGCCCAGAAUUGGGCCAGCUACAAGAAAAAGAAGAACCUGACGCCAGAGAUCUUGAACAACUACAAGCAGAUCGAGUUCUUCCCCAACAAGUUCCAUGAAUACUUGCUCAGCUCGGAGGUGGGAUUCAGCCACAGCUAUACUCUCGGCGUACCAAGGCACAUGAACAAAGGCUUCUGCCGACCCAUCCAGCUGUACGCCAAGGGAGAUUAUACCCCGAAUCAUGUGCGUUGGAGCGAUGCUUACUAUCCGCAGACCCCGUAUGAGGCCUAUCGCGGCAUCUACGCCACUUUGCCCGCCCAUCGGAUGGGUGGCGGCGGAAGCAGCGCAGGCGGUAGCCACAGUGGGCACGCGCACAUGCUGCACCUCAGCAGCUCCAGUCGGUCGCAGAACUACGAUACGCCGCACUAUGCUGGCAGCGCCUCGGGCUCGGCCAGUUGCCGGCAGACGCCGAUGUACCAGCCCACCUACAACCCCCUGGAGACGGACUCCUACCAGCCCAGCUACGACAUGGAGUAUCUCAACCACAUGUACGUGUUCGCCUCGCCGCUCUACCAGACCGUCUGGUCGCCGCCGGCCUCGCUGCGCAAGAGCAGCUCGCACACGCCGGUAUUCGGGAGCGUGCGCGAAGCGGAGCUGGACGGCGAUGGCAGCGGGGGAGGCGGGAGUGGGGGCGGCAGCUACCACCGGCACGUCUAUCCGCCCAACGAUGACACCUGCUCGCCGAACGCCAACGCUUGCAAUGCAUUCAACUCAAUACGCGACGCUGACACGGAUGAUUCUAACCAGCUGCCGGGGGGAAGUCGCAGGCAUGUGUACGCCACCAACUGCGGGGAGAGCUCCUCGUCGCCGCAGGUUAAUCACCACGAGGCGGCCGGCGAGUUUGUGGACUCACUGAUGGACGAUGAGCAGAAGUCCUCGGCUGAUCUGUCGGAUGCCUAGAAUAGGGAUGCUUCUUUGGGCUUUGGGAAAAAUGUGUCAAAAAGAAAAAAACAAAAAAAAACGAAAAAGCUUAAGAGAACCACAAGGGGUUUUCGAAAAGAAAAAAAAUCAAUGUAACCGUAAACGAGACGCUUAUGAUUUUCUAUGGUAUAAUAUGUGCGUAAAUAUUUUUAUAUAUCGUAAUUUAAUGGAAAGAAUAUAUAUACAAAUAUAUAUACAGAUCUAUAUAUACAUUUUGAACAGAGAUGCAUGUGUUUAGGUAUAUUGUAAUCUUUAUAGAUAUAGAUAAGGCUAACCAUUUUUGCUAAAACGCUUUAUAGUGAACACUUGAUUUGAUCCUGUUGGCAGUUCAAUUGUAAUCCUAGUUUUAAAACCACCAUAAGCAAUACAAACACAAACACGCUCACACGUAUACACCACCUACAUAUGUAUGCAGGCACACCCACCAACACUCACUCACUCACACAUACGACAAGCCGUAGCUUUAAAUAAUAUAAUAUAUUGUGCUAAAAGAAUGUUUAGGAAACGUGAAAAAUCCCAUGAAAUUGAACUAUUUUUGAUUAACUUUUGGCAAAGCAAAAAAAAAGGAAAAUGGAAUGCUGUAAGGGAAUGUGAAAACAAAAAUGAAAUAAAGCAAACACAAUGGCAAAGCAAAAAAUACAUUAUUAUAUUUACUCCUAAGCAAGUGAGAGAACGCUUAAAGUUAUUUACAUUAGGUUCGAGCCUUUAAGCAGUGGUUAUAGCUAAGCAAGUGUAGCAUUAAAUUUACCAUUUGAUCAAUAGCAAAAAACGAUCUUUUCCUAACCCUUGUCUACCUUGUAAUUGGUAGGCGGAAUUUAUGAGUUUUCUCUUUCCUAUGUUUUUGAAACAUUUUAAUGGAAUAUUUAAUUUUUUCUGAGAAAAUAAAAAUUAAUGUAGUCAAAGAAAAUACAAAAAGAUCUAUAUAUAGAAAUAAAACAUUAUAUUGAACAUUUUCGACAAAA